UUCUCUGGGAAGAGGACACACACGAGGUGACUGCAGUAAUCCAAAUAGGGACUGAAGUGGUGAGGCAGUGAAAGCAGAGGCAGGAGAGGUCAGAAACUGGAGGCUGCUAAAAGCAGCUUCUGAGUUGCUUUCCUGUAGUUGGCAAAACAGUCCCUCCAAUUCUCUCGGGAACCUUAAAUCAUGAGGCUAAUUACUAUCCUGCUCCUCUGCUCCAGGCUCCUGCCAUGUUUAGCACAGGAAGAAGAUGCCCAGGAAAUUGACUGCAAUGAUGAGACUGUAUUUCAGGCUGUGGAUACUGCUCUGAGGAAGUAUAAUGCUGGGUUACAAAGCGGCAACCAGUUUGUGUUGUACCGAGUGACCGAGGGCACUAAAACGGAUGGCUCUGAAACAUUUUAUUCCUUCAAGUAUCAAAUCAAGGAGGGCAACUGCUCUGUUCAGAGUGGCGUCACCUGGCAGGACUGCGACUUGAAGAACGCUGAGGAAGCCGCCACUGGAGAAUGCACAGCAACUGUAGGAAAGAGAGAAAAUCAAUUCUCCAUAACCAACCAGACCUGCAAGAUUACUCCAGGUAAGGGCCCCAUGGUAACAGAUGAAUUCCCCUGUCUGGGUUGUGUGCACCCCAUAUCGACAGAUAGCCCAGACCUGGAGCCUGUUCUGAAACAUGCCAUCGAACAUUUCAACAACAACACAGAUCAUAGCCACCUCUUUGCUCUCAGAGAAGUAAAAAGUGCCAACAGUCAGGUGGUGGCUGGCUUCAAUUUUGACAUCAUCUAUUCAAUUGUGCAAACAAAUUGUUCAAAGGAAGAUUUUCCUUCCCUCCUUGGAGACUGUGUGUCCCUUCCUAACGGUGUAAGUAGCAGACAUUUAAUGAUAGUAUUUCACAUUUUGCUGACAGCAUUUCCAGGACUGUCAAGCUCUGUGACUUGACACCAAGAUGUCAUU